AUGGCAACUAAACCAGAUGAGCCGCUGCAGCAGUCAGCCUCGCAUGAAGUGAGCUCACAAGAAUCUCCCAAGCAUGAACAGGUGGCUGCAGGAGAGGGUGGACUCGUCAACGCUUCGGGACAUGUCCAGGAGCUCAAUCGCAACUUCAGUCUUAUCUCACUUGCCGGCGUUGGCCUGUCUGUGGGUAACGUCUGGCCAGCAAUAGGGGGUUCAAUUCUGGUUGCAAUCUUCAAUGGUGGUCCUCCAGGAGUACUGUACGAGUUCAUCGUGGUAUCAAUAUUCUACUGGUUCGUCGCCGCAUCGAUCGCCGAGCUCGCCUCUGCCAUCCCAUCCUCAGCUGGUGUCUACCAAUGGGCCUCAGUAACACCCGGCAAACGAUGGGGACGGCCCGUUGGCUUCUUCGCGGGCUACUGGAACUGGCUAGCAUGGACGUUCGGUGCCGCGUCCAUCACCUCCAUCCUCGCCAAUACCAUCGUGCAGAUGUACGCGGCGAACCACCCUGACUAUGUGGGUGAGAGAUGGCACGUCUUCGUUACCUACGUCAUCAUCACCUGGCUGGCGGCCCCGACCGUGUGCCUCUUCAACAGCGCCAUGCCGCACCUCAACAAGGCUGGCAUCUUCUUCAUCCUCGCUGGGUUUCUGAUCACGAUCAUCGUCCUGGCGGUCCUGCCCGGGAAGACCGGUGGAGGCUACGCUUCCAACUCCUUCGUCUGGAGUGACUGGACUGCGGAUAUCGGCUAUCCCAAUGGCUUCGUCUUCCUCGCAGGCAUGCUCAACGGAGCAUUCGCCGUCGGUACACCCGACUGUACCUCCCAUCUGGCCGAAGAGAUCCCAUACCCGCAGCGCAACAUCCCAAUCGCCAUUGCACUGCAGAUGGCCAUUGGCUUCGUCACAGGUUUCUGCUACCUGAUCGCGGUACUGUAUGGCAUCUCGGACUAUGACGCCCUCUUCGAGUCCGCUUACCCAAUUGCCACCAUCUAUAUGCAGGCGACCGGCACGGCUGCGGGCACAACAGGCCUAUUGGCGCUGAUCAUGAUCUGCAUCACUAUCUGCGUCAUCGGUCUGUACGUCACCUGCGGCCGCACACUCUGGACUCUGGCGCGUGACGGCGCGACGCCCUUCCCAAGAUUCGUGGCCAAGAUCCACCCGAGGCUGGGAAUGCCCGCCAAUGCAACAAUUAUCACUGCUGUGCUUGUCACGAUACUGGGUGCGAUCUACGUCGGUAGCGCAACCGCCUUCAACGCCUUCGUUGGCAGCUACAUCCUCAUGUCCUCUUCAUCAUACAUCGCCGCUAUCCUACCCAACUUGAUCAACAAGCGCCAGGGCGUCAAGUAUGGUCCGUUUAAGAUGGCUGGAGCCCUGGGCUGGGUGGUCAACCUUAUCGCUUGCGGAUACAUGAUUGUUUGGUUCGUGAUCUACAGCUUCCCAUUCUACCUGCCGACAGACGCCGAGACGAUGAACUAUGCUUGUCUCUUAUGGGGUGGCUUUACUAUCAUCGUAGCGUUGUGGUGGUUUGUGAAGGCGAGGAAGGGCUAUGAGGGGCCGCCGAUGGUGGAGGGUGGUGUGGUGGCUGAGGUUGAGACGAGUCGUGUGAAGGUCGUCUAG